CUCACUGGCUCACACCAGUUCCCCGUUGGAUACCGAAUACGUCGUGGAUUAAGGUUCAGUGAAAGAGGACGCAACUGAUAUCCAUCUCAGAGUGUGAUCUAGACAGGCGAAUCAGAAACAAACAAAAGUCCAAGGGGGGGAAGGUGACGUAACCAGGAAACUAGAACAAAUAUAAAAAGGUGAGGAGCAGAGAAGACAAGUCAGGGAAGAAAGGAACUAACCAGGUUUUCUGUCAGGAUCUCCAUUCAACCAAUUAUUCAACUCUGCACCUCUAGACUAAACAUGGCUGUUGCUUUACAAUACGUUUGUCUGCUCCUGACUUUUGCCGUUCCGAUACACGAGUGCGUGGCGGUGCGUCAGGAUCCCAAGUGUGUCACAGGGGAACCUUGCUUUGAUCUGGGCACAGUGGAGACAAUGGCUAGACGGGUCAGCAAGGAUCUGAUAGAUGCAGAUGGAGAGAACAUCCUUAUUAAACACAACUCCUUCGACAAAAUUCGGAAAAAGAAAGACCUUCACAGCUGCGUCCUUCAGAAAAUCAUCGAUCUCUUCGAACAUGUUCUCAUAAGAACGGAGGCGAAGUCAUCUAAUCCGCACGAAGGAGAUCUGGACCACCAUUUGGAGCUCAUACAUAUUAUGGAUCGCCUCAGGAACUGUGUUUAUAAGGUAAAAAAAUGCAAACAACUUUAUAAGAAAGCCUACGAUCCAUCUGACAUCACACCACUCCCAAAGAAAUCUGAGGCAACUGAGGCAGCUAUUGAACAGCUACUAAAACUAAAAUAUGCAAGUGAUAGGCUUGAUGACGUAAAAAUCCAGGAGAGGGUCAUGGAUGAGCUGAAAUCGCUCCAUCUCUACAUGCCGGGAAAAGGCUUCCGGAAAAGCUGAAUGACUAACAUUCUGUGGAUGUAGUUUUAAAACCUGUUGUCUAUUUGUAAUCUAACAAUGGUUAAGCAGGGAUGACCUUGUACAGCCAAAGUGACAAUUCAAGGCUGGAAAUAUUGAGAUAACGGGUUUAUGAUGAGACUUUGUAGUGCGCUUAUCCUUAAAUGUGUAAAAAAACAUUUUUUUUAAAGUAAACUGUAUUUAAACAGGGUAAAAGCAACAUGCAUAACGCUACGUACUUUCGGUGAAAGAUUAUGAAUGUACUGCAGUAAACGCAGAUGGUAAAAACUUAUUUAAAAAAGCUACUUUUGUAAAGUUGUAUGCUACAUAACUAUUUGACUCCUCAGUAAAACCCUUUAUAACUAC